AUGAAUGACAGUAAACAAAAUUCACACGACGAAGUUCCAGAACUUGUUAAAAAUGCUGUAUUAAUACAUAGCUCUCCCAUUCCAUCUGGAACACCUAUUGUGAAAGGAUAUGACUGGAAUAGAGGAAUUGAUUAUCAUGCUCUCCUUAAAGCAUAUAAAAAUUCUGGAUUUCAAGCAAGAAAUUUUGGAUUAGCAGUGGAUGAAAUUCAACGAAUGAUAGAUGCUAGAAAUGUUCCUCUUAAAGUUGAUCAGGUUGAUAUCUUAGAAGAUGAUGAUUUUAUAAAAAGAAGAACUCCCUGUACAAUAUUUUUAGGAUAUACAUCUAAUAUGGCUUCAUGUGGAAUUCGAGAUACUAUAAGGUUCCUUGUACAACAUAAAAUGGUGGACUGUAUUGUUACUACAGCAGGUGGUGUGGAAGAAGAUUUGAUAAAAUGUUUAGCACCAACAUAUAUAGGAGAUUUCCAUUUAGAAGGCAAAAGUCUUAGACAACGUGGUAUUAAUAGGACAGGAAAUUUAUUAGUACCUAAUGAUAACUACUGUCUGUUUGAGGAUUGGGUUAUGCCUAAAUUAGAUGCAAUGUUGACAGAACAGAAAGAGAAGGGUGUACUUUGGACACCAUCUAAAAUAAUAACAAGACUGGGAGAAGAAAUUAAUAACGAAGAAUCAAUUUAUUAUUGGGCUGCAAAAAAUAAAAUUCCAGUGUUUAGUCCUGCUUUAACAGAUGGUAGCCUUGGUGAUAUGAUGUAUUUUCAUUCCUUUAGAAAUCCAGGCUUAGUUGUAGAUAUAGUUUCAGAUCUUAGGCGAUUGAAUACAAUAGCUAUGAAGGCAGUGAAAAGUGGCAUGGUUAUCAUUGGAGGUGGUGUUAUAAAGCACCACAUUUGUAAUGCAAACCUAAUGAGAAAUGGUGCUGACUACGCAGUAUUUAUAAAUACGUCUUCGGAAUUCGACGGAAGCGAUAGUGGUGCUCGUCCAGACGAAGCCGUCUCAUGGGGUAAAAUUCGAAUGGAUGCAAAACCAGUUAAGAUCUAUGCAGAAGCGUCUCUGGUGUUUCCACUACUUGUUGGAGAAACAUUCGCCCGGCAUUAUCAUUCCUCUAGAGAAAAAACUGUUUCAGAUGUUUAA